AUGGCUUCUCAAGUAUCAAGGACGAGUACCGGUGAAAGUUUUGAAAGGAAACUUCGUUAUAGACAGAUUUUGGAGUACCUCUCCACUUUAGAAAUAGAAGCAGAUGACAAUAUCGACUGUAUGGACAAGACCAGAGAUAUGGUCAAGGAGGCGAAGGCUCUAUUUGCAGAGUCGACUCUUGAGGAAAAAGUCAAGGAUCCAGGUGAGGAGUACCUGGACUCCCGCGUGAUGCGCGCAGCCAGUGACAUCACGGUGCGAUGCUCCGUGGCCGUCAGCUGUAAUGUCAACACGUACGACAGGCAUGAGCUCGCCAAACAUAUUCAAGAGAAUCCCCAGUUCUGGCAGUUCACGUUUCCUCUGGAGGUGCCCGUAGUGGGCAAUUUAUUCGGCACGUUUGCCCCGACGCCACCGGAGCAGAGACCCCGUGUGCCUCGCAGACACGUCGAGAGGCAACAGGCUACACAACUUAAAGAACCAGAGAAGGUGGACAGGUUAGAAAAACAAGAAGAAGGUUCAGCGAUGGUGAUGCGAGUGCAUCGCUUUAUAAACAAAUGGUAUAAGCAGAACCGUCGGCCGCUCAGCUACUUCCACGCCGUGCUCGACCCCACCAGCUUCAGUCGGAGCGUAGAGAAUAUCUACAAUGUCUCUUUCCUUGUCCGAGAUGGGAAGGUCUCUAUUACGUUAGAUAAGGACCACGGUCUGCCCUUCAUAACUCCUUUGUCGACGGAGCAACAAGAGUCGAACAAAGGUGAUGAGAAACAGUUCAUAGUAUCCAUUGAUAUGCGGAGGUGGCAGGAACUGGUCUCUGCGUUUGACAUAAACGAACCUCUAAUGGUGUUGAAGAAAUAA